ACCUUUUUAAAGUUUGUUCUCAGAGUGAAAUGAGGUUUGGAAUCCGGAGGUCAGACGAGAGAUGGACUUCAGACAUGAGAGAGAGAGAGAGAGAGAGCGAGAGCGAGAGAGGCGUUGUAAAAGGAAGGAUCUGAGAUAGUCUAUAGAGCGCGCAAAAGAAGUUAUAUAGGCGUUCAAGUUUCUCUGAUUUGUGGUGGCCACUCAGCGUAACUUCCUAAGUUAAAACUUUGGAAUAUAAUUUAUGCAACCAUAUUGGGAGAAGAUAUAUAAUUAUAUAAAAUUCUGGUGGGUGUGGACGAACUGGGGUAAAUGUCAUUCCGCAGUAUAGUUCGUGAUGUAAGGGAUGGUUUUGGAAGUUUAUCAAGACGGAGCUUUGAGGUGAGGCUGCCUGGUCAUCACCGGGGAAAAUCUCAUAGUGCAGUUCAUGAGUUGCAUGACCAGCCUCUGGUUGACCAGAACAGCCCUUGGGCUAGCCUCCCGCCAGAGCUACUCCGAGAUGUGAUUAAGAGGUUGGAGGCAAGUGAGAUUACCUGGCCUGCUCGCAAGCAUGUUGUUGCUUGUGCUGCUGUUUGCAGGUCAUGGAGGGAAAUGUGCAAAGAAAUCGUCAAAAGUCCAGAGCUCUCUGGGAAGCUUACUUUCCCGGUCUCCCUGAAGCAGCCUGGGCCUCGGGAUGGAACCAUUCAGUGCUUCAUUAAAAGAGACAAAUCUAAAUUAACUUACCAUCUUUUCCUUUGCCUUAGCCCUGCCUUGCUGGUUGAAAAUGGAAAAUUUCUUCUUUCUGCAAAACGAGUUCGGAGAACUACUUGCACAGAGUAUGUGAUCUCCAUGGAUGCGGAUAACAUAUCAAGAUCAAGCAGCACUUACAUUGGAAAACUGAGGUCAAAUUUUCUUGGAACCAAAUUCAUAAUUUAUGACACACAGCCUCCACACAAUAGUUCUCACAUUUCCCCUCCAGGCCGUACAAGCCGUAGGUUCUACUCUAAAAAAGUGUCUCCAAAGGUUCCUACUGGGAGCUACAAUAUUGCCCAGGUCGCAUAUGAGUUGAAUGUGCUAGGCACAAGGGGACCACGCAGGAUGCACUGCAUUAUGCACUCAAUCCCUACCUCAGCCCUGGAUCCAGGUGGCAAUGUCCCAGGCCAGCCUGAGCUCCUCCCUCGCCUCAUUGAAGAUUCCUUCAGGAGCAUCUCUUUCUCCAAAUCAAUUGACAACUCAACGGAGUUCAGUAGCUCCCGGUUCUCGGACAUUGUUGGGAUACGUGAGGAAGAAGAUGAAGGGAAGGACAGACCUCUGGUUCUAAAGAACAAGUCGCCAAGAUGGCAUGAACAAUUGCAGUGUUGGUGCCUUAACUUCCGGGGGAGGGUAACUGUGGCAUCAGUGAAGAAUUUCCAGCUGAUUGCUGCUACGCAGCCUGCUGCUGGUGCAUCAACACCAUCACAGCUGCCUCAGUCUGACCAUGACAAGAUUAUCUUGCAGUUUGGUAAGGUCGGCAAGGAUAUGUUUACCAUGGAUUAUCGAUACCCUCUAUCUGCAUUUCAAGCUUUUGCCAUCUGUUUGAGCAGCUUUGACACCAAAUUGGCUUGUGAAUAGAAGAAGAAAAAAGAAUUAUGGUAUGAAAUUUGUGAUUUAGUUGGUAAUGUUUUUCCUUUCUAGAGAUGCAUAGAUUGAGGUGGUUGUAUGCAGUGUUAAAACUCAGAUGAGUGUUUCAUAACACGUUGUCGGACCUUUAGCUACGAAACAGUCUUUGCAUAUAUUAAUUUCCUUGUUCUCUUUUUUCUGGUUUAA